ACAGAUGACUGUGACUCACGUCCUGAAGCAAAUUCAAAGCGUCAAGUCUCAAGGCAAUAAGUUAUAAGUUUAAGGGGGAGGACUUUGUGGGUGGCGGUGUUGCCUGCAAAUGACACGUAGUCACUUUACCUACGUCUCGCAUUCGGAGCGGCGCCAUGAACUGUGACCAGAGCCAUCCCGUGUUCUUGGUGGAUGGAGUUCAGCAGCAGCAUCCUGGUCAGCUGCCCAACCGGCACCAGAGGCGUCGAAGGCUGGACGGUGGCAUCCCCACGCUCGCCACGGUGGUCCUGCUGCUCUUUCUGCUGGUGUUUGCAGCGCUGGGCUUUGGCGGAUACCUGAUGUACAACAUGCAGAUGCAGCUGAAGGAUGUGAGGAAGAUGUCACGUGAGUUCAAGCAAGAACAGGAGUUGAGCAGAGCUGAGAAGCAAAUCGGUUUAGAUGAAGCUGGAGGGGGGAAAAACAAAAAUGACGAAAGGACUGCGGCUCACGUCAUAGGGCGAAUCGAAAAGCACAUCUUCCGCAAAACGCUUCGUUGGGAGCCACGCGUCGGCGUCGCGUUCACCGGCGGGGGCGUGGCCUACCGGGUGCAGGACGGCGCCUUGCACGUUAACCAGAGCGGACUCUACCACGUGUAUUCGCGGGUGGAGCUCAUCUUCAAGCAUUGCUCGCCCACGUCCUCUUUCGAACACAACGUGUUUGUAAGGUCACCGUCGACCCCGGAUAAGACCCUGAUGGAGGCCCACCGGGCCGGGUUUUGCUCCCGGCGGAUCGAAGCGAAGGAACGCCACGCUUGGACCGCCGAUAGUUACCUGGCGUCGGUUCUGAGACUCCACCAGGACGACAGGGUCCUGGUCAACGUGUCCCACCCCCAAUUUAUCAGUCACUCCAAUCACGGCAACUUCUUCGGACUCUACAAAAUCUGAUUGGGAGUGAUGUCAUCACAUUGCUGCCAAAAGAGAUCAUUAACACUAAUAUGAUGUGUGUAGCAUUAUAUUUAUUCAACACGAGUCCUUGAGCACAACUGAUGAUAAAAGGCAGGCUUAUUUCCACGUUAACAUCUUUUUGUAUUUUGUCAACUCAAGAUUAUUUAUAAAGCAGUAUAUCUAGUAGUAAUUUGAGUCAAGUAAAGAAACGAAAGUGGUUAAACCGCAAUGUUCUUGUCCACGUAAUUUCCCGUUCUAUGGUUGUCAUCACAAUUUCAUUCUUGUAAUGACUGCAAAGAA